CCACGCCUCUCGCCUUCCCCGCUCCGGCCAUGGAAGCCUUCGCCGCCGCCGGCGUCUUCGCGGGCGCCGGAGCAGCCGCGCGCCCAGUACUGCUCCGCCGCCGAGGCGCCUCGCGCCCCUCCCGGGUGCGCAUGCUUCGCGCGCCGCCGCGCGCCGGUGGCGGCGCCGACAGAGGGGACCUGCCUCCGCUCGACGAGUGGGACAGGAUGGAGCUGGAGUUCGGGCGGUUCCUCGGGGAGGAUCCCAAGCUCACCCUCGCGAAGAUACUGCUCAAGAAGUCAGACCCAGAUGCUUCAUCCCUCGAUGUAGAGAAACUAAUAGCCAACAGAAAGGACAAGUUGGAUGAUAUUUUGAGGGAGUUUAUGGAUGCUAACAGACAGGAACAGACUUCUGGAACACCAGAGGAAACAAGCAAGCCAACGGUAGACAAAAAUUCUCCGAGCAUGUCAAGGCCUGUUCAGAGCAAUGCAAAGCAAGAUGAGCCUGCUUUGACUCUGCUGCGGCCUGCAGGAAGCAAAUUGAAGCAAGAUGGUCCUCCUUUGACUUUGCAGCGACCAGCAGGGAGCAAACCGAAGCAACAUGAGCCUUCUUUGACUGGGUUACGACCAGUAGGGAGCAAGCAAAAGGAAAAUAACCCUUCUUUAACCUUGGUGCGGCCAAAGGGAAGUAGACCAAUAGUGCGAGGUGAACCAGUGCAAGAUAGUUGGCCUAGCAAGGAGAGCUUAACUGCCACAAGAGAGUUGAGCAAUGUUGGUAGCACCUCAAGAAAGGACAACGUGGAUGUCUCCUUGCGGAAACCCACUGUACAUCAGAGUGAAGAUGAUGAAUUGAAGUCAAAGCUGAAACUGAAACCAAACGUUGACUUGAAAAUGAGGAAAGAUAUGGAUGAGAAUUUAGCCAACAUCUCUCUUCUUCAAAUGCCAGAUCUUUCAGUAGAUAAUACGAAUUCAAACCAAGAGAAUUCUGAUGCUGGACCUGCCUAUGUUACUGCUGGAGAGGAUAAUGGUGCACUUGACCCAGAAACAAACGGUCUUGAUGAAAGAUUAGUGAUUGAUAGUAUUAAUGACCGUGAGUCAUCUAUGCUUGCUGGCGAUCUUAGUGCAGAAUUGCAGCCAUCUGAGCAAAGUUUUAACCAAGAAGGCGACCCUUCUGUGUUGGAUGACCAAUCAGCCGCCAGAAGAAAUUUCUCCAUGCAAGCUUUCUUGCAAGGAAAACCUAAGAUGAAAGACUUAGUUGUUGAAACAUCUCCAUCUCAAGUUGAUGCUGAGAAGGUGAAUGCUAGUGAGGAUAACAUGAGUUAUGUUGAUGAGGGAGGCAAUGUGUUAUCAUCGAAAUUAGAGGACAUCACAGAGAGCGACUGGACAAGGCUGGAGCAUUAUGCAAGUACUGGAGAAAAAGUUGAGGUGGAGCUUAUAAACUGCAGCUCGAAAGGAUUUGUUGUAUCACUUGAUUCAUUGAUAGGUUUCUUACCAUACCGCAAUCUUGCUACAAAAUGGAAAUUUUUAGCUUUUGAGACUUGGUUAAGACAAAAGGGUGGGGAUCCUUCACUCUACAAGCAGAGUAUGGGUAUAGAAGAAAGUUUUGAGGUCAAUGACAAGAACAUGGAAUCAGUAUCUAGCUUAGAUUCAGAACUAGGUGCCCAGGAUCAAGGUUCUUUGCCAUCGAAGGAAAAAUUUGAAGAUCUUCUUCGAACAUAUAACAUUGAGAAAUCUAAAUUCCUAUCAUCAUUUAUCGGUCAAAGACUACGUGUUUCAGUUGUCCUGGCUGAUAGAAAAUCCAAGAAAAUAUUUUUCUCUAUGAAGCCAAAAGAAAGUGAAGAAUUGAUUCAGAAAAAGAAAAGUCUCAUGGCUAAACUCAAUGUGGGAGAUAUUGUGGAAUGCACUAUCAAGCGAUUUGUUUACUUUGGGAUAUUUGUUGAGGUUGAAGGAGUUCCCGCAUUGAUUCAGCAGUGGGAAGUAUCUUGGGAUGAAACCUUAGAUCCAUCCGUUUCUUACAAAAUUGGUCAGGUUGUGGAUGCUAAAGUAAUACAACUUGAUUAUAAUAAUAACCGCAUCUUUUUGUCUCUUAAACAUGUGAAGCCAAAUCCCUCAGUAGGCACAUUGGAAGCUGUCAUUGGUGAGGAAUUAUCCCUAGGUGGAUCUCUUGAACCUGCAGAAGCAGAUUUUGAGUGGCCCGAAGUGGAUGCCCUCAUUGAUGAGAUGAAAAAUAUUGAGGAAGUUAAGGAUGUUUAUAAAGGACGAUUCUUGCGAAGCCCAGGAUUAGCUCCAACCUUUCAGGUAUAUAUGGCACCUUUGGUUGGUCAGAAAUAUAAACUCCUUGCGCGAUAUGGAAACAAUGUCCAGGAGGUGAUGGUGGAGACAUCGUUACACAUAGAACAGUUGAAAGAGGCCAUUUUGGCUUGCACAAAUAGGGUGAGCUGAUGAUCAUGUCCAUGCUGUAAUAAUUUUUUUUCUUUUAGCUUGCGAAGCAGACGGUUGUACAGAAUUGUUGUUGCUGUCCAAUUUUGCAUCCUUGUAGCAUGUUUCUGACUCGUUUACACCAGAUUUUCUUCCUUCUAAAGUUGAAAAUACCAGUUGAUAUGUAGUCCUAGGUCAACUUUGUAGAGGACGAGAGGUGUAAAUCACCUUAAGUCGGUUGUAAGAAACCAACGAGUUUUGCACCUCGAAACGAUAUGUGAUAACGAUUCUGAACUUCUCCUUUUCAAUUGCUUAUCAGUUGGCAGUG